CGUCGCCAUUCAAUUGCCACUUCUCUUGUGCCUUUUGCGCUUCUCGAUAGAAUAGAUCAAGAUGUCUGCCCGCGCUCCUUUCGUCGUUCCUGCCCUUACGAAGCACACCGCCACGGUGAUCAUGGCCCAUGGUUUGGGUGAUAGUGGUGCCGGAUGGAUGGCGCUCGCUCAGAAUUGGCGGCGCCGUGGCGUUUUUGACGAAGUGGCCUUCAUUUUCCCGAAUGCGCCGAUGAUUCCCAUCUCGGUGAACUUCGGAAUGACCAUGCCCGGUUGGUACGAUAUCACCAAACUCGGACGCGAUUUGGAUUUCGAGGAAGCCAUCCGCAACCAGGAUGAGCGCGGUAUCCUUCGCUCCCGCGAGUACUUCAACACCCUCAUCAAGGAACAAAUGGACAAGGGCAUCAGUGCUUCGCGCAUUGUCCUCGGAGGAUUCUCGCAGGGUGGAGCCAUGUCGCUCUUCACGGGUCUGACCAGCAAGGAGAAGCUGGGCGGUGUCUUCGGUCUGUCUUGCUAUCUGCUCCUCAGCGAUCGGAUCAAGAACUUCAUCCCCGAGGACUUCCCGAACAAGGAAACUCCCUUCUUCCUCGCUCACGGCCAGGAGGAUGAAGUCGUCAGAUUUGACUUCGGCAAGCAGUCCUGCGAAAAGUUGAAGGAGCUUGACCUGAAGAAGGUCGACUUCCACUCUUACCCUUACCUUGGCCACUCUGCCGAUCCGGACGAGAUUGAAGACCUUGAGAAGUUCUUGCACAGUGUCAUCCCCGCCGAAGGCGAGAGUCACUGACUCCAUGAUCAUACAUCUGUACAGACUCGGAACCCUUUGGGGACCUCGAUCACGUUUAGCGCUGUUUUAGCCAUCGUUAUUUUGCUGAUUGUGGUUUUGCUCUCGCGGUUCGGUUCCAAGGGGAACCGAGACGUUGCUGCCAGGAAACAGGACUGAAGCUGCGUUUGGUGUACUUCUGGACGCCUCAGCUGUCGCUUCUAGACAGAAGGCUUAAUUUUGCACGAACCGAUGGGAAAGCAGUUAGCUUAUUUAUAUAGUC